AUCUGCGGUUCGUGUCGGUCGGGUUGCGCGCAGAAUUCACGAGCCACGGCGCACGCAUAAACUGAGCCGCUGCAGCAGCUCCAAAAGCCAGCAUUUGCUAGCUUCGUGCAAAACAUUGAGUCUUAACAUAUUUACCAAAACAAAAACCAAAUCGCGAAGAAAGCCAACAAAUUAAAAAAGCAAGUAAUAAAGGAAAAAAGGCAAUACUUUAUGUAAUUCUACAAUUGAUUUCCAUAUCAACGGAUUUCAUUUAAUUACUGAGCCUGCGGCCUCCACACAAAUAGGCGCCUUUGUAUUGAGGUGCCAUGCCCAUUUGCAAAAACUCGCCUACAACGGCGAGCAAUAAGACGGCCGCAGAUAUAUCCGCCGAUCAUGUAACCGAGGCGGCUCAGGUCAAGCGUCAACGCGAGCAAGCCUAUUUCAAUUCUUACGAUUUCGAUGCAAUCGAAGUGCUGCCCUACGACGAGGACGAUGAGGAACCAGCCGGAAGCAAUGGAAAUGCAAAAGUCAAUAGGGGGAAGCAUCAAGUGGCCCCCUCCUCGCUAUGUGACUCCGCCAGUUCCAGCGCACGUGAAGAGGAUGAUCGCUGCAGCAGUCGGAGCAGCAGUGGUCGCUCCUACUUGCAACAUCGCAUUGUUGCUGGCAAUCAAAAGUUUUCAUACUUGCAUCGUUUGGGCGCCUUCUUCACCGGUAGCCACAGUCAGCAUCACCACCCCCGUCAGCAGCAGCUGAGCGAACGUGCCUUGCCUCCUGUCCCUACUCCUGUUGCGACACCUGUGGGUGCGGCUUUGGCUGCGACGCCAACAAUGGAGCAACGCACCGAUAACUUUUUAUUGCCACGCGCCAUGCUCAAGUAUCAAAGUGUUGGUCAGAGCGCAACUUCAAUGCCAUCGAGUGGCUUGAACAGCAACAGUAACAAUAACAAUAACAACAGUGGAAGUGGCAGUGGCAGUGGCAGCGGUCAGCUGCCGGUGAUGUCCAAUGCGAGCAAAUCGCACGACUGCCCAAAUGGCCAUGACAGUCAGACGGGUUUCUCAAACGAAAUCAAGCCGGGCGCAAUAUUGGCAGCGGCAUCUGCAAAUGUUGCAGCAACGGCGGCCGCAGUGGCAAUCCCGAGUGCAGUUACUGCCGCUGCUGGCGCGACAGCAAAAAUGGUGCCGCCGCCCCGCAACAAGAAACGCUCGAUUGCUUCCACUAGCAGCAGCACGCACACCAUCACCGACUCGGGACUCGGUAAUGAAAGAGCAACAGCUGCCCCAACGGCAGCGGCAAAUGCGCAUGUGGCACGUCUAAGCUCCUCGCAUCAGUCACACUAUUCCACCGAAAAAAGCGGUUCGUCCGGUUACUAUAGCUCCAAUGUGUGCUCCACAUACUCGCUGGAUGAGCACAUCUAUUGCGAACCGGUCAUAGACAUCCUGGAUGCCAGCGAGAAGAGUAAAAGUGUGCUGGGGUCCAAGGUGCGACCACAGCUGCAGCUGCCAACGAAAGCGACAACAUCGGCCACGGCAGCGGCAGCGGCAGCGGCAACGACAACGGCAGCAACAACGAUUAGUCAGCGAGUGGAUAUGUGCAGUCAUGGUAGUCAGCUUGAGGCCGCUGCUGAUGCCGAGGCUGAUGACGAUGACGCGGACGCGAACGCCGAUGGCACCAACCACAACAAGUCUCGUGGGAAGCUGGAGCAGCAAUCGCAACCCCGCUACAGCGACAAGCUGCGCAUUUUGGAGAACAGCAUUGAGAAUUUGGACAGGCAUCUGAAAUCCUUUCCCUGCCUCUACGCACAGGAACAAAUUACGGAUUUUGUGCAAAGUACAGCCGCGCCUACGGCCGCACAGUCGUUGAGCAUUGGAGAAAAGCUGCGCUCCUAUAACCAGUUGCCCACCAUCAUGGAAGGCUUUGCUACGCAACAAAAGCAGCAGCAGCAGCGACGGCACAGCUGGCAGGAAGACAUGGUGGAUGAUUCGCUGCUGGACAUCGAUCUGGAUGCCUUUCUGUUGGCCAACGAGCGACGCGCCAGCAAAAGACGCUCCUCGAAAAGGAGCACCAAGGGGGGCCUGGAUAAUCCCAGCUUCCUGACCGACGAGCAGGUCGAGGAAAACAAUUACAAAUGUGCCAAAUACAUAAAUUCUUGUCCCGACGAUGCCUAUCGCGUUGAGAGUGACAUUGGGGCCAAGGACGCCGAUGUCGAGAGAAUGAAUGUACCCGAGGAGCAGCCCUACGGCAAGCGGUAUGAGGAUCAGCUGCAUUUCCAAAACACCCGCGAGCUUCUUGAGGAUGUUCGUGAUAAAAUACGCCUGCUGUCACGCUCACGAACUGACCUGCACGACGAACGCUCCUCAGGCAGCUCUAGCUCUGGCUCCGAAAUACCCAAGGAACUGGAGUGCAUGAUACAGACUCUGAAGCAGGAGCUGGAGUCCUACUUGCAGCGCAUGAAUCAGCACAGCGAGCUCGAGAUUCGACAGCUUUGUAGUGGACUGGGGAAGAAUCAACAUGUUGUCAAAAUUCAAAAUGCUUUCGAGCGCCGUCGCAACUCCUUCAACCUGGGCACACUGACGACCAUGCACGUGAAUUCCUAUGAAUCGGUACACGAUGGUGUGGCCAUGUCUACGAACGGCGGGCCGGUGAGCCUGCGUGAGCAAAUCACGACCAUACGAUGUUCAAGCGAUAACAAUUUCAAAAUGAAACGGAAGUCCAUAACAGAGGUGUUUCCCGCAGCCGAAUGCUACAUUGAAUCCGAGCCAACUUCGAGAAGCGUGUCACGUAAUGCCACGCCCACAACACAUCUAAGUGUACCGCCUACCGUAGCAUUGACGCAGAUGCAACGCAACUUGUCCUUUCACAAGCCGGUGCUAUCUCACGAGAGGGAAGACAGGAGCAAACAGGAGCGAGACAGCGCCUCCGAGUGGCAUCGCAAGAAGCCCAGCAUCUGGGAGAUGUACUACGGCACUAAUCGACUGCAUCAGUCCUUGCUGGGAAAGCAACGCAAUGGAGAACUUGUCAUAUCCAGCACGCAGCCCACAUUGUCUUAUCCUUCAUCACGACCCGAAUCGGAUUUUACUCUCGAUCUGCCGCGUGCCGAACAGUUACGUCUAAAAAUGGAAAAGGAGAAGAAGUUCCGCCAAAGAUGUCGCUUCAUCACCACAUUUCUAAGUCUGGUAUUUUUUCUAUUAACCGUAAUGGUUGUAAGUUUGGUAUUAACGCGAGGCAAACGUAUGUUUGGCAGCAUGAUUUAGACUAGGAACAUAAUUGUUAUAUCUACAUGUACGCCCUAGUUAUAGAAUUAAUUCCCAAAUAAUUUAGCUAGCACUGGUAUCUACUUAUAUUUAGAAUUGCAUAUGGAUUGAAACAGUGCCGUAGUAACUCAUAGAAAGAACAACGAAUGUCGUUAACUAAUUAAACACGAACAUAUACCAUACAAAAGGAAUAAUAAUUUGUUAGCUCUAUACACACUAUGAUACACUUUAGUUUUAUAUACUUGGUCCGAAUCUGCAUGAACAGCAGUACUGUAAUUAAAUUAUUUUUUGUGAUGUUAGCUCUUAAGUCGUAAGUGCAUUUCAAUUGCAAGUAGCAGGCUAUUAACGCUUUUUUCUGUGCGCUCAAACUAGCAUUUGUCAUAUUGUGGAAACAACUGAAAGUGUGCGUGUACUAUAUGGAAUGUAUUGUAUUGUAUAAUUAUGGUAGUUCUUCUGUAAAUAAGCGAAAUGUGUGUAUAUAUAAUAAAGUAACAAACAAAUCGA